UUUUUGUGGCACGCUGGCAACAUCAUAUUUUCAUUCGCAGUCGAGUCGCAGAGAUUUUGGUUUUGGGGGAGGUGCGGAAAAAAGCUUCUACGAUUUCUUUUUCACCAAUUCUUCAGCAAACAUUCAAACGAACGAACAAAUAACCAGACCUUUUAGCUGAGCUCAGCGAAAUCGGACGACAGGCAGGACAACAUAUAGACUUCAUUGAGACACUAUCGAAUCCAACGAAUACCGAAAAUGGCCCACACACACCUGGGACGCGCCGUGAAAAACAUUGAGGCGCCACGCCCACUGAAGACACAGUCGCGAUCGUCGUUAAAGAACAGCUAUCUGGUGAUCGAGGAGCUCAUCCAGUUGAUAGACAACGUCGCCGUGGGCCUGCAGUCGUGCAACACCACGCCGGACUCGAUCACGCUGCUGCUGCACAACCUGCGGGUGCACGGACCGCAGCUGGAGGCGGUGUCCAAGGACACACUGGAUCGGGCCUUUGUCGUUUUCCGCAACGCUUCGCAGGACGAACGGCUGAACAUAACGACGCGCCUCAAGCUGCUCGAGCUGAUCGAGCUGCGCGCCAAGAGCUGGGACAAUGACGACACAAUCGCGUACUACAAGUCCAAGCAGCAGAUCUCCAACGUGGAGCUGCCCACGGAAUAUCAGUACGAUGCUGGCGUUCAGUCAGGCGCCUUCAGCACCUCCCCCACAUUCGGCCUCAGCGGCGGUGUUGGCGGUGUCAAUGUUGGAGCCGCAGCCGCCGCUGCAGCCGUCUUCAAUGCGGCCUCUGCAGCCGCAGCCGCCCAAGCAGCGGCCAUUGCGGCCGUGGGCUCACCCAACCAGCAGCACAUGCUGCUGCCGCCCGGUGAGGUCAUCCGUAACUCGGGCAAGUUCCCUAAACCGACCAAGAUUCCCGGCAAGACGUAUUGCAAGGAUGAGGUCGUGAUUCGCAACGCCGACUCCGGCAAAGUCAUGGGCAUCAAGGGGCGACGCGUGCACAUGAUCGAGGAACUUAGCGAAACCAUAAUAUCGUUUCAAAGAGUCAACCCGGGCGCCAAGGAGCGUUUGGUACAGAUUACUGGUCCAGCCGAGGAGAAAAUUAACUACGCCAAACAAUUGAUGGAGGACACUAUCCGUCGCAACGCCUCGCCGGUCCGCCUGGAACCCGCUCCCGGCGCCGGAGGAUCGUGCUCCUCGCUGAACUCGUCCAACUCGGACGACGCCAUCGUGCAGCCGCGCACUCCAAGCGGAAGCAGUCUGGCCAACCGGCUGAGCUUCAACUCCGCCCAGAAUUUCAUGACCGCCACCGCUGCUGCACAGCAGAUCUCGCAGCAGGUGCACCACCAAACGCACCACCAGCAACAGCAGCAGCAGCAGCAAGUUGCCGCAGUAGCAGCCGCAGCAGCAGCGGCGGCACAUGCUCAGGCGACAGCCGCUGCCGGUAAAGUCUUGCGUCCCAAUCAGCAGCUCCUUAUGCACUCAUAUUCCACAAACGAUGCUUCCGUAGGUGAAUACAAGUUCACGGUCAACGUGGGCCAGCAUCUGAUCAAGAUCACCGGCGACUGCUGCGAACUAGUGCGCGUGGCCAAGCUCGUCCUCGAUGACUAUUUCAGCAGCUCGGAGUUUCUGGCCUCCAUUGAGGCUGGCGCCGCUUUCGACGGCACUUCUCUGGUGAGCCCUGUGACAACGCCAUCGACUCCGCUACCCGGAGGCGGGCCACCGCAAUUUUUGCUGCCUGGCACGGACAGCGGCAUUGGACUGAACUACGCCGCCUCCUCGGCCACCAACAAUAAUGGCGAGGGCGACGACGAGGUGUUUACAGAGCCCACCAAUGGUGGAUCCUCGACUAACAAUCAGAAUGGCUUGGCCAGAUCGCGUCGCAGCCACUUUUCGCGCAAGGAGUCCACGCCGGAGUCCAAGGGAGUUCGCGAGAAGUUGGAUGUGGACGAACUGGCAGGCCUUAAUCCUUUGAAAAGCAAUGCAUCUCGCGUCUCUUACGAUAUUGAGCACUUGAUCUACUACUCGAAGAGUCCACACGCCUGGGCCUUGCCCACCGACUGGCAAAAGAUGCAGGAAACAACGCCCUCGAUUCUGCGCAACAAGGACCUGCAGGAUGAGAGCCAGCGCUUCGAUGCCGAGAAGUAUCUGGCCAGCAUUAAGACUGCCGCCAAGCGAGACAUUGUGGCCGCCGACGAGGUCGAGACCCUGGAUGAAUAACCCCGCCCAUGGAGCGGUCCAAACUGACAAUAUAGAUAAUACGCAUAUGCUAUAUAAAUGUCCGGGGUGACAGACAGAGCUAGACUAUCGUUCAAUGCUUUUGGCCCUAGCCUCAUCUAACAAACGCAAAAACAAAACGACCAAAAAAAAAAUAUUCAAAAAAUCAAGCAACUCAUUGCUAAACUAACCUUAGAAAUUACCAACGAAAAAAUCAACAACUUUCAUAAUAACUAGAAAAUUCAACGAAGCUCUUAGUUAAGUUCAAGCGAAACGGGAAUCGGACUUCCCAAUAUUUACUAAUUUACAAAAUGCAGCUAACUGAAAAGGCUCGAAAAAGGCCUUAACUUUAAUGGCCCACAUUAAAUGGAAUGCAUUUUUAGUAACUCAAUAGAGAAUGACACAUUUUUAGUUUCAAAUUCGUUUCUCAUCCCUUUCCAACUUUGUUUCUCUCCCAACCAAAUAAUUCUCAAAACGAAAAAAAGAAAUGUAUUAAUUCAUCUAUGUGUUUAUUAUUAUUUUAUAAUUCUUUUGUGACUUGCUCUGAAUAUCAUUUUUUAAGAUUUGAAAUUGUAUUUUGUUUUCUCUAGUCUAUGCAUCAUAGAAAUUUUUAUAUUAUUUUUGUUAAAUUCAUGUGGAAAAUGUAAAACAAAACGAUAACCACACCAAAAUUCUUUGAAUUUCUGUUUAUGCUUUAGUUAAUUUAUUUUAUUUAUUUUGUACAAAUACAAUAUAUUCUUCAAAAAGAUAUUUGCAAGGAAAAUAAAAUGGAAUCAAGAUCGAA